AAUAAAAAACAUAACCUCAGUGAUUAAAAAAAAUAUCCCAUAUGUAUUAUUAAUAAUUAAAGAAACUUUUUAAUUAAUUACAUCAGCAUGUCGGUCCUAAGAAGUAGUGGUCGUGGUGGAUCAUUGCAUGAUAAAAUAAAAACAUUAAAAACAUUAACUGAUAGAUUACACAAACUUGAUUCACCUAAAAAAUCUGAAGGAACAAUUUUUAAACGAUGGGGAAUGUACUGGAAAAAUCUCUACAAGGAUUAUAAAGAAGCUGCUGUUGAUGUCGUGACAGAGUGUAAAGAACGUCCAAUUAAAUCAACAAUUUAUGGUCUAGGACUAGCAGGUGGAUAUUAUUGUAUUAAAAAUAAUCCAGAUGAACGUAGUUAUCGUGAAGAUUUAUUAAUUAAUGAAAUGAAAUUAACACAAGUUGGUGAAUCAACGAGAAAUCCCGAGUCAAUUAAACACGUUAACCUUAUGAAAGAUUGCAUAAAUACAAAUACACUACGAAGGUUUACCUUAGGUAUAUUUUCAAUAAUGUGGAUUGAUAAUUCAAGUAAAAAUUGUACAAGUUAUAAGUGUACAUGUAAUUAUUUAAAACCACAAAUUAUAAGUUUACAUGAAAGAAUUGCUGAUGUUGGAUUCAUCAAUAAAUGGUGGAUUCUUGAUAGAAAAAUGAUUGAUUAUGAUAUUAAUAAUGAUGAAUUUGCUAAUACAUAG